CACUACCGUGGAUCGCUAAAAUCGCUCAACACCGGCAUCGUUACGUUGCUGAACUACGGCAAGCACGUUCCUCCGGCCGUUUCACAUGUGACCUUGGCGCACGAAAUCGGCCACAACUUUGGCUCACCGCAUGAUCCAGAGCAAUGCACACCGGGUGGCGAAGAUGGUAACUUCAUCAUGUUUGCUCGGGCCACUUCCGGAGACAAGCGGAAUAACAACCGGUUCAGCCCCUGUUCCUUGAAGGCCAUCGAACCGGUUUUGAAUGCGAAAGCCCGCAGCGCUAAGGGAUGCUUCACAGAGCCACAAGCUUCCAUCUGUGGCAACGGAGUGGUAGAACACGGCGAACAGUGCGACUGCGGUUGGGAAGAGGAUUGCAAGGACUCAUGUUGUUACCCUAUGUCCAGACAUCCACGGUUCGAUCAGAAGCCAUGCACGCUGACACCUAAAGCCCAGUGUAGCCCGUCGCAAGGGCCGUGUUGUACGCUGGAGUGUACCCUCAAAACCGGAGACAAGUGUCGGGACGACAACGGCUGUCGUGAUCCGGCGUACUGCGAUGGCAACAUGCCCCUGUGUCCUCCGUCUGUGAACAAGCCGAACAAAACAAUCUGCAACAAAGAGUACGUGUGCUACAUGGGCGAUUGUACCGGAUCGAUUUGCCUGGCGUAUGGUCUCGAGUCGUGCCAGUGUGCCGUUGGACCGAACGAUCCACCACUUCGAGCUUGCGAACUGUGCUGUAAGCUACCGGGCGAAGAUAAACCAUGUCUCAGUUCUUUCGACUGGAAUGAACCACCGUUCGAUGUUCCGGAUAUGUAUGCCAAACCGGGAACUCCCUGCAACGACUACAACGGAUACUGCGAUGUAUCGCAAAAGUGUCGUGAGGUAGACCCUUCGGGACCGUUGGCCACCCUGCGGAAACUACUACUGUCAGAAGAGAGUAUAGCCAGUUUCAAGAAAUGGGUGAUCUCUAAUUGGUAUGCCGUGGCCCUGAUCGUGGUGAUUAUCUUAGCGCUAUUGAUUCUGAGCGCGAAACUGCUGGGCAAGCGGACGAAUCUGAAACUCAAAACGGUCACCAUAAUCCACAGUGCGACGACGGAGACGGUUCGCCUACCGGAAGACAACAACGGCGUCAUAGUGCACACUGCCGUCCGCACCAAGGUACCGCUGAGGAAGAAAGUCCGGGGCGAACGAUCCAAGUCCAAAACGGCUCCUCUCCCGCCGGGUCAAUCCGUUCCGAAGCAGCUACUAGCGACAGCUACCGGCACUGGCGGAGUAGUGACCACUACAGCAGCGGCGGCAGCCGCAAACACAACCGCCAUUCUUCCAUCCAGCUCCAAGGACCGGUUCCAUCUGUCCAGAUCGUCAACGAGCAACCCCGCCACGGUGGUCAUAAAGCAGGUCAAACGGCACGUUGGGAAAACGACUACAACCACUACAGUCGCUGGCGGUAAGACCGACAGUCCGAAGAAGCUCAUAAAAAAGAAAAAGAAGCGUUCGAACGCCACCCCAGGGAAUCCGUCCGACGAGUCCCCAGUAAAAGAACCGAUCACCAAACAGAAAAAGAAAAAGACGAAAUCCAAACACAAGGAAGUAAUCGACUACUCAUCUAGGAGUGAUGCUCACAGUCAUUCCAAUACAUUCGGAAAAGUUCACCGAUGGCUUCUGGAGUCGCCAAUCGUUACGAAUGCCACAAAUCAAUUCGAACACGCCUCCAAAGUUACGAACAUCAUCAAUAAAAGCCAGUCAACUCCUGAGCAUUUAACUACAACUACUGCAGCGGUUACGUCCCAGCAGCAACCCCGGUCACCCAAGAAAACCAGAUUGAAGACCAAAUCCGUCGGAAACAUCAACGAGAAGGUGCGUCUUCAGGUCGUGUACAAACCGCCCUUCAAGUUCAGUCUCAAACUAUCCAAAAACGAUCCCUCCGUUAAAACCCACGUAGUUGUGGGACCAGUCGGUAAGCGAAAGGGCCGCAUGGUGGACCGGAAACGGGUAGCCGCAGCCAUCCAGUCCGAAACGCAACGAGGGCGCACAGCCAUCUUGGUCCGACCUGCGGACGAAUCCAUUCCCUUUGUUGGCCCUCUGUCGGAGCCUAACUACGAAACCCUCAAUCCACGCAACCUGCCUGAGGCUCCACCGUCUCCAUCGUCCGAAACGCACGUUUAUGAAAACGUGACAUUCCAAGGUGAUGCCGGUGGUCCGACCGAACUGCCAAACUCAGUGCCUCCUCCCAUCAAUACAGCCACGUUCCGCAUCAACCGUAGCGCUAGUGGUAGUAACAUAAUGAAUCCAGUGGGGUCCCACUUCCGGAACCCAUCGAUCACAUCGGUGAGCCAGAUUCGGCCCACCUCAUCCGGUCUCCGUGGCAGUUCCUCGACUUUAGCCGCCACUGCCGGAGGUAGUCAUAGCAAUAGUAACAGUCGAGAACGUGACAAGCACCGACGCUCCUACGGUGGAGUGCUCGGUGGCGAAAGCACUGAAAGCCUCACCCGUUCCAGUACAACGAAUCUGGCCAAGUCGGCGAGCAGUAAAAGAAACAGCUUCGCCGAGAAGCGCCGCUCCAGCUCAACGAGCCUGCACCAGCGACACUCGGGUUCGGCAUCCAAUCUGCACUUGAUGAAGCGGCAUUCCGGUUCGUCCAGUCAGUACCUCAAUCAGGAACCGUCACGAUCCGCGAUGCCGCACGAAGUGCCCCUUAGUCGGAGGCACAGCACCAGCGUUAGGCCAGUAGAUAGUAGCGCCGGUGCAAGCAAUAGUGUUAAUAGUAAUAGUAUGCAGAAGCAGAAAAUUUCCCGCACAUCCAGUAGCACGAACCUCAGUGGCGGUGGCAGCGGAACUGCAACGAAACGACGCGGCAGUAUAGGCAGCAGGCAGCCUCCCGGCCAUCCGCACCAUCAUCUGUCCCCAACGUCCCUCAACGUACGGCCCCAAAAGCCGAACGGGUUCGAUCGGGCCGAGGACCGACGGCCGCACACAUCGUCCUGUGAUGAACGGCAUCCGCCCACGGCGGGAUUCGAAUGGCCACCCGCCGGUCUGAAGCGGCCCGGCCACGACGAUGACCCACUGCCAUCGGACCUGGAGGUUAUGGUGUCGGAUGCGGAAAAUCUGGUGGGCGACAGAUAACCACCGAUGGUUCCGCCGUAAGGCCAGAAUAUAGUUAGUGCGAUUUAGAAUGUUAGUGUUCAUAUCAAUUUUAUUGUGGGGGAUUGGUGGGAAACGAAGCACAGUCCGCGGACGGUGGAGAAAUGUGAUUUUAACCAAAAGGUUUUAAGGCUGGUGUCACGCCACUGGCCCAACCGGCUGCAGUUUAGUUUGAUUUAGUAUUCUUUUUCAAGUGCCAAUGUGUGUGUUAGGAAGAAUUCGGGAAUUACGAUGGACGAGGGUGAGAUGUUUUCCUGCACUUGGGCAGAAUUUAGGAAAUGUGAAAAGUGACUAUGUGUGGUAUAGAUAGAGAUAGCGGUAUCGUGUAACCUCGCUUCUUGCUUAUUCAUUUGAAAAUAGAAAGAAAAUGGAAUGAAGGCACCCAAGUUAACUAACUUAGAAUCAAUUUUACAUCAGACCAAUGAGGCAGUGAUUGCAUAGGCGGCAACUGCGAUGCUAAAGAAAAUCAAUAUCAAAUGGCAGCAUAUCAGAAAAUUACGAUCGUAGCUUUUUAGAACACGGAACGUUGUUUUUUAUUCCACCAAUACUUUAUCAUUAACAACUGUCCACACUACAUUUGUUUCACUAUAAACCAACAAAAAUCGCCAGUCUUUUCGUUGGCUGUAUAAUCAAGUAAUUGGCCCUUUUCCAUGAUUUUAUUAUUCUCUCAGGUGCCUCUAACUAUGUUUAAAAUUGGAAUACUGCUACUGCGAGAUCUGCUGCUCCUUAAGGUCACUCCUGACGGAAUCCAAUUUUCAGAGUACUCGCGUUUUCAAGGGCACACCAUUCGAUACGGAAGCAACGCACAACUGUCAUUUUUUUUUAACGCAUGCUGCGACGCAGUAAAACUAAAUCAACAAAACAGUUAGUCAGCAAUCGAAUCCAACGGUAAAGGCCAAAUGGUAUCCAAAAUGUUGUUAAUUGGCUGCUUUUCCUUUCCAAUACUACGCGCCAGAAUCCUUUUCGAACAUCUGCCGUCGAGAAAACUUUCGCCUUUCCAGUUCAGGUAAAAUUUCAUCAAUAGGCCUUUUCAUGUGACACUGUGUUGUAAACAGAAAGUGCAGUCUCGGCAGUGUCACAUGAAAAGGCCUAUAGUGGUGAACUGCAGAUGGAUGGACGCAUUGCUGCUCUUUCCGCUUAACCAGCACGAUGUUACUGACCCAUUCGGUGUGUUGUUUCGACCAAUCGCAUUCCAGGACCCCCAACUCCUCCUUUAACUUUCCUCGCAAUGCAAUCGGCACUCUGCGAGGUGGUUGGAUUUAUGGUGGAACUUCAGGGCAUGAUUCCAAAGAUACGGCUCCUGCUAAUUUCCUGAUUCCGUGGAAAACAUCCUCAUGCUGUUUGACGAUAUCCUGAGCUUUCAAAUGAUAAAUAUUCAGCAAUCCUUGCUCAGUCUUCGGUCGAGUAAAAUUCACCGUGUUACAGAAUUUUACAAAGUCCAAGAUGCGACAAACAUUUGCCGGAAGAAGUGGGCCAUGUUUUACGUCGACCUCUUGGAAAAUAAGACUGUACUUACGGUCUUUCCUCCGACAUGGAACUUUCGCCUCACCAAGCACGGGUAUGUUUGCUGCCACCGAAACCCCGAAAGCGGUAAGCUGACGGUAGCAGUCCGAUUGUGUCGCUUCCGAUGAUAUUUUCCUACCUCUCACGCCCAACAAGACUAGUGUUGGCACCGGCAUCUAGUUUACAUCGUGCCGUUCGCCAUUUUCCAGCGAGACGCAAGUCCAAUUCCGCCGAAACAUUUCCUCCAAUGCCAGAGUUUUCAACAAUUUGCCGAUGGACACACUUUUACUAUCGUCCGAAUCCGGGUUUUCACUUUCACAAUCGGAGUUACUGUCUUCUCCCACUUUCUUCACCCGAUACUUUUUUUCAACGUCUUUACAUUUUCGAAAUGGUUCUUUCCACCGCAUCGGUUGCACCGUUUGCCGACUGCACGACAGGCUCCUUUAGAAAAAUCAUGCCUGCCACCACAACAUUUACACUUCAUCUUCUUCACCAUGUUUACUUCCGCACUGGGCUGACCGACGGUAACCGGAUGCCUUUUCGUAAUCUCUUCCGCGCGACGCAAGCCCAUAGCAUGUGCUUCCGUUGUUUUCGUUGUUAUCAACUUAGAACGGAGCUUCAUCCACCUGAUCGAUGUGGUUAGCUUGUCCUUUAUCAUGUCUUCUUCCAAGGCAUCAAACUUGCACAAUUUCGCAAUCGAUUUUUCGCGGCACAAAUAAUUGUCGAUACCUUCCUCGACUUCUUGAAUCACCAAAAGAAAUCGAACUAAUCAACAAACUUAUUACGUUUGCGCACAACUUUUUGCUUUUAUUGCCACCAACGCAAGAUCCGGAUCAUCCUGCUGAGCAUUGGUCCGUUCGAAGUUGAAAUACUUUUUCAACGCUUGUUUUCCCUAGUACCGAUAGCAAAAUACUCGUUUUCUGCCUGUUUUGUGUCACUUGCCACGCAUCCAUGCAAACCGCACCGGCAUAGGUUUUCCAAUUGGACUGGAAAAAUCAAAAUUUUGUUCCAUGUCACCUUCCAGUUCGAGUGGAUGCGGUAGAGGAACCGACCAAGAUGCAUACACCACUAGGUGUUCCAAUCUGCCAAAUUCACGAUUCAGCCAUCUUGGAUUUUAGUAUGGGAGAGCCAGCCGGUUUGUUGUCGUUUUGCACUGAAAAUGAAUUUUUCACCCCGCCUUCUUCUCUUCCACAAACUGAGCACAUUGCAACACCUAGCUGUGUAUUCAUCUUGGAACCGACGAUGCUGCUGUAUUUCCAACUGCCGGCGCUCCAGGCUGCUUACUGAACUAAUCAGCGCCGUCAUCGCCUACUUCUGCAUUUCCAACUGGGCAAACUGUUCAGCAUUCAUCUAUAAUAAAUCAAACUUCCGGGAAAACACUCAAAUCAACACGAGAUCGAUAAAAAUAUAGUCGUAGACAGGAUCAAACACGUUUGCUUUUCACCGCACAACUGUUUCGCGAUCACCGCUACUAAUGAUCUCCUCGCCGCUCGGACCGAACUUUUCCUCAACAAUACACUUCCGCGAUAUCUUAAUGAUGCCAGAAAACAAUCUAGUUGGCAAUCACUUCUGACACCAUGUUUUAUAAAAUAACCUGCUUCGAAAAUGUUUAAUUGAAUCGAUUUUAUUAAUCGCACAUCCACUCUGGUACAUAUUCAGAAACAGAAUAAAUAAGAUGUGCGUGUGAAUGAAACUGACGUUUAAAGGGUACAUUCAAAACUACAUAUUCAGAUUAUGUUAAUAAACUACGUAACGCAACAGGCUUUAAGACCAUUUGGUUGUUGGGCACUAUGGGCCGAAUAUGCCUGAGUCCCCGAGUAACACACAUGUUACACAUACAUCGCAGUAACUUUUAUGUGACCAGAAUCAGUCACAAUUAAGUUGCUGCAACCAUAUUCGCCUGAUUUAUCUUUCCUUUGGUCUUUUAUUUGACUGAACUGAAUAUUGUAGAUCCAGUUGAAAACCGAAUUGAGUUCUCGCGACAAUCGCAUUUUCUCCCAUUUCCGGAUGUCGCGACUGCAUCGCGAGUAGUGC